CUGAGAGAGCGGGCGUACAGCUGUCUCGUAUUUACUGUGUGAAUGGCGUCGGUUGUUGUGGUAUUAAUGCGGAUGUGUGACAGAUGUCGCACUUUCGGGUACUUUUAGGAACAGAUCAUAAAUUACGAUGUCUUGUAAGUGUUCGGAAAGCGUAAAGAUGUUUUACCGAUGUUAUGGACAGUGUUUCCACUAGUGAAGGCAAGUGCCGAGACAUGAAAUGACAACUUGGGAGUGUUCGGAGACACAGCUAUGAAUCUCAGCGGGGCCGUGCUCUUCUGUCUUUUCCUGGCAGCGAAUUCGGACGAGGAAACUUCAGGAGUGCCGAGCCAGCCGAGGAACGUGACUGUCCUCCGAGUCUCUUCUAACUCUCUCAAGCUGAGCUGGCUGCAGCCCGAGAAGCCCAACGGCCUGAUCACGGGCUACCGUGUUUACUACAUGCACGCCAACUACACCGAAGUGCAGUCCAUGCGCAACGUCAGCUCCAACAAGAAGAUCGAGUUCGAGCUCACCAACCUCAAGCCGUUCACAGAUUACAAGAUAUGGCUGAAAGCGUUUACUGGGAAAUACGAAGGAGAACCAUCUGCAGCAAUAUACCACAAAACAGAUGUGAAAGGGCCAAGUGCUCCACAAAUUUUGAAUGUAACCUGCCAUUCACAUGACACAAUAUACCUACAGUGGGAAAGGCCUACAGAAUUCUACAACACCAUUGACUAUUAUUAUAUUUUGUACCGUGAUGAGUUCUCAAGUGACUACAAAGAAAUAAUGACGCAGACAUCAAAGGAGCAUCUAGAAACUAUGAUGUUCCUACCCAAUUUAACAACGAAUACUGUUUACGAAAUAAAAAUCAAAGGAGCAUCACAUAGCAUCUUCAACAAGGAUCAGAUACUGGGAGGGGAAGAGUCUGUAUUGAAAAAAGUGGAAAUACGACCUAAUUGUGACAAAGAGCAGACAUUCCUAGAGGAAACAGAAGAAGAAUUGAGUCCUGGUGUUAUUGCUGGCCUAGUGUGUGUGGGAUGCUCUCUUGUAUUUACUGCAGUUGGUUUCUUAAUUUGGAGAAAAUGUUUCCAUGUCAAUUAUUAUUAUCUUGAUGAUCCUCCUCGAAUAAAUGCUCCCACACUCGUGGACUGGGAUUCCCAGACAGAGCAGAAAACUGCCGUGCCCAUUGAAUUAUUUGCCAAACAUGUUAUAAGUCUGCAUGCUGAUGGUGACAUCGGGUUCAGCAAAGAGUAUGAAGCUAUACAGGCAUCGUCAACCCAGGAAGAAUAUACAUCAGAGCAUUCUCUUCAUCCUGACAACAAGCAAAAGAACAGAUAUCUCAACAUAUUGGCAUAUGAUCACAGCAGAGUACAACUACUUCCCAUACCAGGCCAGAAGAAAUCGGUUGACUAUGUAAAUGCAAAUUACAUUGAUGGAUUUCAGCAGUCCCGAGCUUACAUUGGCACCCAAGGCCCAUUGCCUUCUACUUUUGAUUGUUUUUGGCGUAUGGUGUGGGAACAGAGAGUUGUAAUUAUUGUGAUGAUCACCAAUCUUGUGGAGAGAGGACGGAGAAAAUGUGACAUGUACUGGCCAAAAGAGGGAACAGAAACUUAUGGUGUAAUACAAGUGAAGCUAGUCAAAGAAGAUGUAAUGGCAACGUACACAAUUCGGACACUGCAAAUUCGCCAUUUGCGACUAAAGAAGAAGAAGCACAGCCUGUGUGAGAGGCUUGUGUAUCAGUAUCACUACACAAACUGGCCUGAUCAUGGUACACCAGAUCACCCACUACCUGUGCUUAGCUUUGUUAAAAAAUCAUCAGCUGCCAAUCCACCAGAGGCUGGCCCUAUCAUAGUUCAUUGCAGUGCUGGAGUUGGUAGAACUGGUACAUACAUAGUUCUCGAUGCCAUGCUGAAACAGAUACAAGCAAAGGGAGAAGUUAACAUAUUUGGCUUUUUACGUCAUAUCCGUACUCAGAGGAACUUCUUGGUUCAGACGGAAGAACAAUAUAUAUUUAUUCAUGAUGCUCUUCUUGAAGCUAUUGAAAGUGGAGAGACUAACAUCAGUCAGACUUCUCUGUCUCAGUAUGUACAACAACUUCAAUUCUGUGAUACUGAUGACGAGCAGAAACCGGAUCAAAUAGAGAUGUUGGAUUUACAGUUUCGGCUUAUCACAUCCUUUCAACCCAAAGAUUUCAACUUAGUUUCUGCAAAUAAACCAUGCAACCAUUUUAAAAACAGAAGCUGUAUUUUACCAAUUGAAAGUUCAAGAGUACACCUGACACCAAAACCAGGCGUCGAUGGCAGUGAUUACAUUAAUGCUACAUGGAUUCAGGGUUUUCAUAAACUGCAUGAAUUUAUCAUUACUCAGCAUCCAAUGCCACAUACAGUUCACGACUUCUGGCAGAUGGUUUGGGAUCACAAUGCACAAACUAUUGUAAUGUUGUCUUAUAUAGAUGGACAGGACUUUGGAAUUUUCUGGCCUAUAGAAAAUGAAGAAAUUGAUUGUGAAAAUUUCAAAGUGAAGUAUGUGGACACUGCAGAAAAUGAGACCUGUAUGACAAUGAAUGUUGUACUACAGUCACUCCAAGAUGACUAUGAACUUACAACACGAAUUAUUCAGUGUCCAAAUUGGCCUCAUAACUGCAGUCCAGUCAGUACAGUUUUUCAACUGAUCAUGCUGGUACAGGAACUGCAUUUGCGAUUUCAGAAUGGACCUGUUGUUAUUGUAGACAGGUAUGGAGGAACAGAGGCUGCUACCUUCUGUUGCUUGAUGACUAUGUUCAAACAACUUAAAUUUGAAAGCUCUGCAGAUCUUUAUAUGUAUGCAAAAUUGUAUCAUAACAAACGUCCUGGAAUUUGGAGAAGCAAGGACGAUUACUUCAUGAUGUACAAGGCAUUAGCUUGUCUAGUGAGCAAUGCUGCCCAUCAUCCAGUACCUAUGUCUGCUUCUGCACCUCCUGACUUGUAUCUUACUGCAAAUGGCCAUGUGAAUGGUUUUGUUGGAACUACUAAUGGUUGUUCACAAGCUCCUUCACGAGGAACUGGGGAUGGUGAAGAACAACCUGUGUAGACUGGAGGUAUAAGGCAAGCUCUGUUUUAUAGAAUUCUGUUUCUGUGAAGUAUAUGUACAUACUCUUUUUCUGAAGAAAGAUCAGCAGUAAACCACCAAAGAUGUUACAGAAUACAUAACACUAUGUAUGUGGUGUCUGUUCUUUUGGACAUGUCCGGAAGAACAGACACCAUUUUGAUUCUGCAGCCACUAUGAAUCAAGACACAAAGGAAUUAAAGGCAAUAACUGCCAGUGGGCAUUGAUUUAUAUGAAUAGGGCAAGUUGAAAAUUUUUUCACUCUCAGAUCUCCUGUUUACUACACAAGAUUUGGUGACCACACACUACUAAUGUAAUACCUCUGCUCAUUAGCCUCAUUACUUGUGGCAUCUUGCCAAUUUCCAUAAGAGUUCAAGCAUGGUGUGCAUCUGCACACAUCUGAAAGAACAGGCAUCAUGUUGAUACUGUAUAACUACAGUGAUGAUGGCCAAAGAUGCCUUCAGUGCAGAUCCACAUGAAGCUCAAACACGUAGGAGAAAUGGCAUGAGGCUACAGGUAAUGAGACUAAUGACCCGGGGCACUACAUCAGUCAUGCGCGGUAUGAGUUGAGAAUUUGGGGCUGGAGUACUAGAGUAGUCCAUGUGAUUGUGGUGACCACUGCAUUGGGACAGUGUAGUAGCCAGCACAUCUACCUAGUAAGCAAGAGACCCAGGUUUGAAUCCUGGUCCAGCACAAAUUUCCAUCUUGUCCCCAUUGAAAUAAAUCAGUGCCCACUGGCAGCUGAUGUCUUCAAUUCCUUUGUGUCUUGACACAUAACACUGUUGCAGUCCAAAGUCAAGAAAUUUAGCCAUAAUUGCUUGUAUGUUUAUGAAAAUGAUGAUGGUAUAUUACUAGUUGUCUGUCUCUGUAUCUAAAAUUAGUGUUAUAUUUGUCAAUAAAUGUAUUUGUGUAUCCCUUCUUUUGUUUCAACAUGUUGUUGAUGUUUCAUGUACCUUUAAGCAGAAGGCUGUUGUUAGUUUCCAAGAUGUAAUAGCAUGACAAAACAUGAAAAGAAAUGUGUGUAGUAGUCACUUGUCCCAUUAGUCCAUAUUUGUGUUAUCGAAAUUAAGUGUUACAAAAUGUGAAACUUAGCUGUGUGUCAAUCUGAAUUUUAUUAGUCAUUUGCUGCAGUUAAAGUCAAAUGCAGUAGUUCUAGUCCCAGAUAUUUGGUGUGACACUGAUUUAUGGAGGGUGCAGGCAAAUUGGCAUAUAUAUCAUUGUGUGUUGGCUGUAAGCUUCAAAGCUACCAUGGAUUGGUGGUAGAUGUGAGGCUGCAAGCUUAUGUGAAGAAUGAUCUCACCUGUCUUAUAAAUUAACAGCAGAUGAUGUUAUAUGUAUUAUUUUAGUAUUAAAAUGAAUGUUGUAUGUAGCUGUUGAACAUAAAAGAAUAUGUGUGAUAUGUGUUAACUAUGUUUCACAUUGUAAACUCAGAAUUGUGUGUUUCUUUCUCUGUGAUGUUCAAUAACUAUGAAAGAUGUAAGACAAGAUGCAAUUUUAUCUCUGAACUGAAAAUGUUUGAAUGAAAUAAAGUGAUAUUUAUGUUAGACUGUUACAAAUGAAGAUUAAAUUAAUGUUUUGUCGAAACUUGGUACUAUACUGUGAAAGAAAAAAAAAAGUCAAUCCUGCCUAUUUUAUUGCUCUACUUUUUAAGCAGCUAAAAAAUGAAACUUUGCUCAUGAUAGACUUCAUAAUUAGCUUCAUGAUCAGUCAAAUGUCAUCAAGCUUUCAAAAUGAUGUUUAUCACGUGAAAAGUAAGUCCAGCAGAAAUUUCAUUUUUAAAUAAUUUUUGAGACAUUAGUUUUAAGUGUUUUAUACUGUAUAUAUUAUAGCUUUUUAUGAUUGUUCCAUGAGAAACAUGUACCACACAUUAUUGUUGAUACCGUACCCUUCCUUUACUGUUCCUAGUAUUACAUUAUGUAGUUCAUCCAAUAAACUGGUCCUGUUACUGUGUGCAUGACAAAAACAUGACAAAAAACUACAUAAAAAUGAACUGAAUGUUUCUGUGUUGUAAUAAAAGCUUUAUUUGUCGAAUAUAGUUGUUAUCAAAAGAA